AUGGGAAAUACGAACAGGGAUAUGAUAUGUUAUGAGGCAAAGGUGAACACAACCAGUGAUGGGAAUAGUUGUAGAGUCGAGGCCUCUGCCCAGGAGCGAGCACAAGAAGUUCAGGCAAAUCUGCCAGCAAACUUCCCGAGUUUUGUUAAGCAUAUGCUCAAAUCACAUGUUACUGGAGGAUUUUGGUUGGGUUUGCCGAAGCCAUUUUGUGAUGCACAUUUGCCAAAGCAUGAUGAAACAGUCAUUUUGGUGGACGAAAAUGGAGAAGAAUAUAGUACCAAGUACUUGAUCGGAAAAAAUGGACUGAGUGGCGGGUGGAGAGGCUUCUCCCUUGCUCACAAAUUGCUGGAGGGAGAUGUCUUGGUUUUCCAAUUGAUCCAUCUUUGCAAGUUUAAGGUAUACAUUGUGAGAGCAAGCAGAUUAACAGAGAUUGACGGGGCUAUUGGUCUUCUAAACUUGGAUUUUUAUGUCAACCCGAUUGAUGCAAUGAAAAUAGAUGAUCAAGUGGAAGAAAGAGCGAUGAUUAGUGAAACAGCAGGGUUGAUUGAAUUGGCGGCUUCUGCCAUAGACAUUCAUGAAGAGAAAAGAACGGCGAUAUUAGUUUCUAACAGCGAGCCUGUAGCAGAUCGAUCUGGGAAUGAAAGUGAUGAAUUUGAAUUUGGUUCCGUAGUUAUGGAUGGCAUCAGAUUAUCAGAAUCUUCUGUCGACUUUAAAGAUGUGAAAAGUUUCCAAGAUUUCCACAUUCAUGUGAAUGGCUUAGUAUUAGACUCGGAGAUACCACAGCAUCUUCAGACAAAAUAUUAUGAGCUAUGCUGCAGCCAAAAAAUGUUCCUUCACGAUCAUCUUAUCGAAGGCCUUAACAGUAAAUUAGUUGCCGGAAUGAUUUCCGAAACUAUUAACAUUGCUGAUGCUAUAAGAGCUGCCAAGAUCACCCAAUCUCUUCAUCAUUUGGAAAGUUGGGACAAAACUUUAAAAGCUUUCGAGGAUUUAGGUAUGGAGGUUGGAUUUCUACGUGCAAGGCUACUUAAGCUAGUAAACCUUUCACGUCAAUCCAUGGCGAUUAUUGAAUCUAAGAAUAAUGAAAGGGCUUUAGUAGAAGAAGAUAUUAGAGAUCUUGAAGGAAAACUUUUGCAGGCGAAACGGUUGAUGAAACAUUUAGAGAAUGAAAUUGAGGCCUUGAAAAAGAACGACGAGAAGCUUGCCGUAAUCUUUAAGGAGUUUGCGGCUGCUCCAUGGUGA